AUGAACCAAGCAUGGGUUCGAUCAGCCACACGCAGGCCCGCCAAAGUGGUCAUUCAUAUCGACAUUUGGGAGGCCAUCUUCGAUCAACUCGCUAUCUUGGAGCAUCACAGGACGUUGACCACCUUGUGGACUUCCUCACCGAGUACCGAGAGCCCACAAACUACGCAACCUUACAUCAACUACCUCCGCCAUCUCGGAUUCCUUAACCUCCUCUCCGUCAAGAACUUCAUAAACUUUCUGCACCCUCACUUCAUGACCGCCGCUCUCCAACAGACGAACCACCAGAACCUCAACUCCACAAACGACCAGGACAUUAUCGUAGCAGACCAAAUCACAGCCAAAACACCUAUCGUAAAGAGGAGGACCCUACUUGGACGCUUCGCGCCCUCGUACCUCAUCACCGACCCGGCGACGGAGAACAUCAAGAAUAUGCUGAGGUUCGUCGUCGUGUACUCGAGAGAACAGAACUACCGCGGGGAGAUCUGGACGGGCAACGGCUACGAGUUUGACGAGGAGCGGAUGCUUGUCCAACUCUGGGAUGACAUCAGAGGCUCUGCGGAAGCGCUGCAGCUGUUGAGGGGCUCCGGGCCGUAUCCUCCGUUCCUGGGGUUGAUGGAAAACACGGGCGCGCGCAUUGCCUCGUGUGACUGA